ACAGAAAUAGAAAGUAAAAAAAUAAUAAAUCACGACCUUUGAUUAAUAAAGAAUGACGAGUUUGAUGUUGUGUCGGAAUCAAUGUAAUUUGAAAUAUUUUCAACGGGUAGUUUCACCUCUUUCUUCCUUUCGGGGUUAUCAUAGUAGACAGGGCGUUUACGGUUUUAAACCCCAAAUCCAUGCUUCUCAUACCAAUAAUGCAGAUGGUAAAGAAGGAAAUUACCAUUUUCGAGAUCAAAAUCCCAACCUUCUUAGAUUGGUUGAGGCAUAUCACAGAUAUGGUCAUCUGAAGGCUGCUCUUGAUCCACUUAAUUUGCAAGAAACACAUAAUGUACCUGAAUUAUCUCCAUUAUUCUAUGGAUUACCUGAUACUGAACAAACUUCUGAUGUUGUGCAGCAAUUACAAAAAAUGUAUUGCAGUUCAACCGGAGUUGAGUUUAUGCACAUUGAGUCCCUUGAAGAAAGAGGAUGGUUAAUCGCUGAACAUGAGGCAAUUAGUUCCUUGGAAGUUGAUCCUGUAACAAAGAAGGAAGUAGCUGAGUCUAUGAUAAUUUCCCAAAACUUCGACAACUUUGUCGGGUCUAAAUUUCCCACAGUGAAACGUUAUGGAGGAGAAGGGGCAGAGAGCUGCAUACCCUUCUAUAGGGAAAUUUUCAAAUUGGCUUCUGCUCACGAUGCCGAGCAUGUAUUCAUGUGUAUGGCUCAUCGCGGGAGACUGAACCUGCUAACCGGUAUGCUAAAUUGCCCAUACGAACUCAUGUUUAGUAAAAUGAAGGGCCGAAGUGAACUUCCUGUUGGAACGAAGGGAAUUGGUGAUGUAUUGUCUCACUUAACUAGUGUGACAAAAUUAAAUUUCGAUGGAAAAAGUGUGUCGGUUACCAUGCUUCCCAAUCCCUCUCAUUUAGAGGCUGCGAAUCCGUUUACGGCAGGAAGGGUGCGUGCUGAACAGCAAAGGAUUCAAGAGGGUGAUUACGGCUCUGGAAAUAUGGGUGAUCGCGUGAUUUGUCUACAGGUACAUGGAGAUGCUGCCAUUUCAGGUCAAGGAGUUGUGCAGGAAACGCUUGCAUUUAGCCAAGUUCCACAUUUUACUGUUGGAGGUUCUUUACACUUAAUUGUCAACAACCAAGUAGGCUACACCACCCCUGCAGAUCGCGCUCGUUCGUCACGAUAUUGCAGUGAUAUAGCUAAAUCGAUUGGGGUGCCGAUCAUUCAUGUCAAUGGAGAUGAUCCCGAAGCGGUUGUUCGUGCCGCACGUUUGGCAUGGAACUACAGGAAAAAAUUUCGACGUGAUAUUUUCGUAGAUGUGCUUUGCUACAGAAGGUGGGGUCACAAUGAAAUGGACGAGCCAACAUUCACUAACCCCGUUAUGUAUUCAGCUAUUCAUUCUCGCGGCUGCUCCAUACCUGAUGCCUACUGCCGAAAGCUCAUAGAUGAAGGAGUUAUGGACAAAGAAGCCCAUCAAAACUUGCUAACAAUCCAUACGAACCAGAUGAGUAUUGCGUUCAAAGAAGCAGAUUCAUACUCACCUUCAGCCUCAGCAAGCUACAGCCAAGUUGGAGAACAACAGUCAAAAGCGCUUAAGACAGCAACGGGAGAUAUCACAUCCUGGGAUACUGGUGUGGAUUUAGACGUUUUACGAUGGGUGGGGGCUAGGUCCGUUCACAUACCUAGUAAUUUUUCCCUCCACCCAACGUUAAAAAGAGGCCACGUUGAUGCUCGUCUUACCAAAAUUUUGAGUGGCACUAACUUGGACUGGUCAACGGCAGAAUCUUUGGCGAUAGCCUCUUUGCUUUAUCAAGGUUAUGAUUGCCGAAUUAGUGGACAGGACGUCGGUCGUGGCACAUUUUCACAGCGUCAUUGCAUGUUAGUAGACCAACAGUCGAAUGAAGUUUAUAUUCCCUUAAACGAUCUUGGAACACCUGACGGUAGCCAAGGUCAUCUGGAGGUUGCCAACAGCAUCUUGUCGGAAGAAGCGGUUUUGGCUUUUGAGUAUGGUAAUAGUGUCGGCCGUCCGGACGCUCUGUGCAUAUGGGAAGCUCAGUUCGGCGAUUUCUUCAAUGGGGCUCAAAUUAUCAUCGAUACGUUUGUGACAUCGGGCGAGACUAAGUGGCAGCUACAGAGUGGAUUAGUGAUGGUGUUACCUCAUGGCUUUGAUGGUGCUGGACCUGAGCACUCCACUUGUCGAAUUGAACGCUUUUUGCAGUUGACUGACAGCCGAGAGGACAUUGCUGAUUGUGACGAUAUCAAUAUGCAGGUGGUCAAUCCUACCACACCCGCUCAAAUUUUCCAUUUACUUCGACGGCAAGUUGUACGCCCAUUUCGCAAGCCCCUUAUCGUCGCUGGCCCGAAAUUACUUCUUCGUUUCCCAGCUGCAGUAUCAACAUUACAAGAUUUAGCUCCUGGCACCUCAUUUCAACCUGUGUUAGAUGACACAUUGGAAUCUCCUUCGGAUGUCCGACGAAUGCUUUUCGUCAGUGGAAAGCACUAUUAUGCUCUUAACCAGCAACGCCAAGAAAAGGGGUUGAAAGACGUAGCUAUUAUCCGUUUGGAAGAACUGUGUCCUUUCCCGGCUCUUGGUAUCCAAAAGCUGGUGGCCAAAUACUCAAAUGCGAAGGAAUUUAUCUGGUGCCAAGAAGAGCCUCGUAACGGAGGUGCCUGGAACUUUGUUGAACCCCGUUUUCGCAAUGUAGUUGGUAUUAACCUUCGCUAUUCUGGCCGCCCAGUUUUGGCAGCGCCUGCUGUCGGGAUUUCUGCCCAGCACAAAAUCGAGGUAACCAAUUUAGUGAAAGACAUUUUCUCUGGUUAAACGCCUCCUUAGCAUUCUCAGCGCAAUAUCGCGGUACAUUCAUUGUUCUACAAGCUUACUGUUAAAACCAAGAUUUGGUGCUUGAUAUUUUAAAUUUAUUUGCAAAAAACUACAAAUACAAUGCUAAUAUGG